AUGGCCGCGUGGUCCCGGGAGGCGGUGCUGAGUCUGUACCGGGCUCUGCUGCGCCGCGGCCGCGGCCUGCGCUACACCGACCGCGAUUUCUACCUCGCCUCCGUCCGCCGCGAGUUCCGCCGGAACCAGGGGCUGCAGCGGCUGGAGGACAAGGAAAGGCAGCUGGAGAAGGGACGGGCUUUCCUGCAGAGCAGGCUCGGGGGCCUGGUUUAG